AUGCAGUAGAUCGUGACGGUGUGAGUGUUGGGAGUAGCGUAUAUCAUCAUUCUUCGUUGCCGAGUUUCAUCGAAUCUAAGGCAGAGGAUGCUACCAAGGAGAGCACCAGCAACCAACCGUGUGAUCCAGGAUGAGAGUCCCGAGGCUUCGAUAGGAAGCAUGAAUGGGACUAACGCUGAGCAAGAACCGAGGGUUGCAGACCCAGUGGGAGUAGCCGAUGAGGUGUGGCCGAUGUACGAGCAAUGGCUUGUGGAGAAUGGGAAGAAUUAUAAUGGUCUUGGAGAGAAAGAGAGACGAUUCAAGGUCUUCAAAGACAACUUCAAGUACAUCCAAGAACACAAUUCAGUUCCGGACAAGACUUACAAACUCGGGUUGAAUAUGUUUGCGGACCUGACAAAUGAUGAGUUUCAAGCUAUUUACUGUGGGGAGAAGAUGGAAAGAUCAAGCGUAUCAUCAGGUGAAGGAGAGAGGUGUCAGUACGAGGAAGGAGAUAUUUUGCCUGAUGAAGUCAACGGGAGGAAAGAAGGAGCAGCUCUUCCAUGAGUCAAAAACCAAAAUCAAUUUGACUGAUGUUAUGAUUUUCAAAUUUCUUAGCAUUAUUUUGAUUUUUGAUUGCGAUUUCAGCUGUGUGAGAUUGUCCGUUGAUAAAUAGGAGGUUGUUGGGCGUUUGCGAUGGUUG